UGCUCAGUAAUCACAAAUGUUGACAUGUUUCUUCAAAAAUGUAUUCACUACAUCUGCUGCUUUCUGAAAGACUGAAAUAGUGGCUCUUUUUUUGGAAAUGGCAUUAAUGGCAUAUUGAUAACCACGUUUGGUUACAAUACACAUUGUGAGAUCCAUAUGCAGAAUAAAAGGCCCAUCUCUCUUUCCAAAUGGAUUGCUAUUAAAACUCUCAGAACUCUCAGCUCUGGCUCAGCUGAGCAGGCAAGUGGCCCAGCAGGAGCCAGUUCCUUUGCCUUGACUGUCUUUCACAGUAAUGAGGGCCUUUUGUAUUUGGAAGGGACAUCAAAGGUCAUCUAGUGGCAAGAAGAUCCCACAUCUGACAUCGAAUUUAUCAGAUUCUCCUGGGGAGCUUAAAAAUACAUCCAUCACUGUCCUUAUGCAGGCCCAGUAAAUCAGAAUACCUGGAAGAAGAACUUGAAAAACAUCAGCCAGAUCUGGGGAUUGCUGAUCUGGUCCAGCUGCCUUCAUGAUUUCAGAUAAAGAAGAGCCAGGGGAGAUCUGUUCUCCAACACCUUACAUCACUCUGCAGACAAUUGGCAGUCAGGAGAGAGGCAGCUGCCACACUCUUCAGAUAUCUCUCUAUUUAAAGUUCAAAGAGACGGUGCGUGACAACAACGAAGAGGUGAGCGUGGCCCUGACCAACCCACCCAGCAACAGGAAGAAUGGCUGAAAAAGAAUCUACACUAUCACACCUUCUGGUCCCUAUUCUUCUCUUGAUUGGCUGGAUUGUGGGCUGCAUCAUAAUGGUUUAUGUUGUCUUCUCUUAGAAAGGCAAGAAGACUUCAGAUUGACUUCAUUUAGAAGAAUUAAGAAAAACAUGAACAUGACAGAUUAUUAAACAUUUCUCAUGUAAAUAACUGCAAUGUUUGACAUCA